CCAUGGAACACGUGGUAUUGAGGCGAGAGCAACAAAGCGUUAGUUCCUGAUCCAACCGGACGGAAAUCAAUGCCUACUGAUCAACGAGGCCCUCCGAGUGUUUUACACGUCUAUGUGGUUCCCGUACAACUGUGGCAACAGGAACUGAACACCACAUUCUCCAAUUUGUUGGAUGGUACUAUAUCUGCGGGAGUCGUUCGUCCAGGUGCAAAUAUGACGUUGGUUCAAUUUCGGGAAUAUUUGGAAAAGGAGGUAACCUCCGACUUCUUGCCAGACGAAUACGUAUUUUGCAAAAAUGUUGGUCAUUCACUUGGAAGAAUCCGUACAAAUCAAGAGGAAUUGUUUCAGAUCCGUGACUUUCUUCCUCCGGCGUCUGAAAAACCAGAGCUAUAUGUCAUCGACAAGAAUGUGGUCAAGGGCCCAGGCGAUCGAUCAGAUCAACUCAGGCGAUCAUCUAUACCGAGAAUCAGAACGGUUGAAAUUGAGCCUAUAGAACCAAGUGCAGGUAAUCAUAAAGAAGAAAGAGCUCAAACGCCAUCGGCACCUGAGCCCCAAACGACAGGAUUACAAUCGUCUCCGGAGCAGCCUGAUCAUACGCAAAAGGACCUGCAACCCACAUUGUCGGAGAUACCAGAAGAGGCUCCAAGUCAACACAGUCAGCCCUAUCCAGUACAGCCAUAUAAAAAUGAGCAGUCCAGUUCCACGGCGCAGCUUUCGUCAUUUCAUUUCCUACCACCGCGUCAGGAAGCAAAGGAUUUGGCACUAGAGUCACUGACAAACUCGAUAGAGCAACAACGUGCAAUCCUGAUGCGGUUGGAGAGAGAACAACAGCAGCGGCUGAUCCAGCUACGUGCUGAAGAAGACGAGCGCCGACGUCAAGAUGCCGAGGCGUAUGAACGAGAAAUGGUAAAGAUGGAGCAGGAAAGGAAGCGAAUGGAGCUACUAGAGGAACGCUUAAGGCAAUACUCUGCAGAGUCUCAGGCUGCUCGGAACGAACUUCGAGCUGCUAAAAAGCUGUGGGAAACAGCGUUGUCCUCAAAAGAGUCAGAAAUUGAAACGUUGCGGGAGAAUUUAGAAUUGAUGCGAGCCAAUAAUACGGGAAGGGAAACCGCUGCAAUGGCAGCCGCUCAAAGUGAAAUAAGGGAGUUACGUAACCAGCUGAGGGAGAUGCAGGAUCGAUAUACGGAAGUACAGAAAGAGUUGGAGGACCGGAGGAAAAAGGCCGAAGAACGUAUGAAUGCCGUCAGCAGUGAAUUAGAUCACCUGCGAAGGAAAAUGUCGCUUGUCUACGACGCCGUUAAAGAACCACCAAAGGUACAGAUCACCAUGGUUCCAGACCAUACGGACAGCAAGGUAGCUUGGACAGAAACGGAGUAA